GUUUAUUGAGAAGAGAAACACAAAAAAACCAGAGUUAAAGAAAAAGUAACGCAAACCCAAAAGAAAUGGCAAAGAACAUCAACUCUGUCAGCUUCACCAUUCUCUUGGUCGUCCUCUUGGUAGCUUCCACUGAAAUCCUGAAGACCGAGGCUCAAACAUUUUGCUUCGAGUGCGGACCGGUGCCGUUUCUAGGUACAAAUGCUGAUUGCUUCAACUGUUGCAAAACCAAAUACGGGAGUCCUCCAGUUGUUAGUGGCGUUGUUGAGGGAAGCGAGAAACACUGUCACUGCUAUUGUUGAUCGUUGAAAUGACC